UCUCUUUCUUUCCCCAAGGAUUCUGGGAUUCAUAUAUCUAGAUAGGUUAGGCAAACGACUAGAGCCGUGGAAUUAUCAGUAGGGAGUGUUGUUGAUGCUUUUAGCUCGGUCGGCGCCUUCGGACAUCCUCUCUGCUACACCGCAGCGUGCAUAUCUUACAGACCCGCGAAGUACCGCUAUAGAACGCAUCUGCUCCGUACCCCGUACACACAUUAGCCAAGAUUCAAAGCUCUAAAAUUACGUCCCGACAGACAGGCACCUUCAGCGGCGUUGUGCAAUACGGAACACGGACAGUGACACCCGAACCUUGCAUCAGCUAGAUAGGUACGCCACACGAGUCAAAUCAUACAUCCCAUCAUGUCGAUCAGCCCACUUCCAAAGGUACUAUUCUUUGACAUCUUCGGCACUGUCGUGGAAUGGCGCUCCUGCGUUACUCGGGCCCUGAUGAAAGCGGCUGAGCAUGCUCUGCUCGAUCCUGGAAAGCAGCUUCCAGCGGACGUCCGCGCGCGGGUACAGUCCAUGACCCCUGAGGACUGGCAGGCCAUUGCGGAAGAAUGGCGCGCGUCCUAUGGACGGUUUACGAAAAACUUUCAGCCAUCAUCGACGUUCGUAUCGGUCGAUGAACAUCAUUAUAGUUCCAUCCAGCAGUUGCUCCACCAGUACGGUCUCCACGACAUUUUCUCUGAUGAAGAGCGGUGGGACCUUGCACUCUGUUGGCAUCGCCUCGAGCCUUGGUCAGACUCGGUCGAAGGCCUCAGGCUGUUGAACCGUCGCUUCCAGACUUGUACGUUGUCGAACGGCAAUGUGUCCCUUCUGGAAGAUCUUUUGAGACAUGGGUCAUUGCCCUUUAUGAACGUGGCCAGCGCUGAGCACUUCGGAGCCUAUAAGCCCGCCCUCCAAGCGUAUCAUGGAGCAGCCAAGCGGUUCGGCUUGGAUCCCAGUGAGUGUGGUAUGGUAGCAGCACAUUUGUACGAUCUCAAAGCGGCAAAGAAAGCAGGCUUCAUGACGAUCUACGUCGAACGGCCCCAGGAGGAAACCUUCACCUCUGAACAGAUUGCCGAAGCCAAACAGGAGGGUUUUGUCGACCUGUGGCUCGAGCAUGGCUACAGCGGCCUGAUUGGAGUGGCUGAGCAACUUGGUGUUCUGAAGGAAACGAGGCUGUAGGAUUGAAUUCUUGGGGGUGGAAUAUGUGUCCAGGCGCUGGUUUUGCACGCCAUUUGUCGAGCACAAGGUCCUGCAAUGUCAUCUGCACCACCUGAAAAACUGUCCCGAGCAUCCUUUCUACUGAUGCAGUCUUUCCUGUCAUUAUAUCCAGGCAUUAGCAUAUCCCCCUACGCGCUUGCUUUA